AUGGAUGAUGCAGAGGACAACGAGAAACCAAGGAAGCCCACAACGCAUGAUGAGCGAGGUGCAGCUGACUUGGAACGUGUUACUGAUUAUUUCGAAGAAAAAGAACUCAGUGUUGGACUAGACGCAGUUAAAGCUGUAUCAGAUACUGCUGGUGAUGCCGUUGCCGCUGACAAAGCUCAAAAACAGAAACAAAUGCUAAAGGUUAAGGUCAGAAAUGAAGACAUAGCUUUGAUCUGCCAAGAGAUGGAGGUUAGUAAGCUGAUGGCCGAACGUCAUCUCAAAGAACACCAAGCCGCAAUGUCGCAUAACCUUGUGAAUAGCGGUUAUACACAUUCUUCUUCAUUUGAUUAUACAACGUUAUCAUCAGGUUAUCGUAUACCAGAGUUGAGUGAGAUACUGGUGUGA